CAUGCCGCAUCUCACGCACGCUUUACGUGCCUUGUCAUCACGCACCGGGGCAGGCUCGGGUUUGCAUAUUAUCGCACGAUGCCUUUCCAUCCCGGAGGCGGAUCAUCCACGCAGGAAAACACGCAGCGGCGUUCUAAAACACGGAUUUAGGAUGGUGUUUUGGCGUGCGGCGUGCUGUUAAAUAUGUAGCUUCUGAACAGUGGAGGAGGGCGCAGUGGGCUUACGUGCGGGGCACUUAACACGCGAGUGAACGUGAUGCCCGCGUGACUGCGGGGAAGGAAAGAGGCGGCACACCAGGCGGACUUGUCACCGUUCGAUCCUUUUUUUUUUUUUUUUUGGUGGAGCAUCCCUUCUGGUGCAUUUUUCCAAAUCGAUGGAAAGUGGUUCGUGUCGACAAGGUGAGAGAUUUUCGUCGUUUUUUCUUCUCGGUGGUCCAAACGGAAGGUCGGGUGAUGCUCCGCCCGGGAGGAGAACAACGCGCACACACAAACAUACACGCACACAAACGCAGCUGAGAAAGAUGAGCGUCUUUUCAUCUUUCCUGUUUUGGGAUGUUUGACAAUGCGAAGCCUGCUGCUGCUGCUGCUGCAAUGCCGCUGGCGAGAGAGUGGAAGGAGAGAAAAGAAGCAAAAUAAUCAUGAUAAAAUAAGCGAGCAAAAGCGUCAGUAUGAGCCACGCGGAGGAGUCUUGUUGCAAGAGGAGGUUGCUGCUGUGAGGUGUAUUGACUUCUACAGUCAUGGCUGAAACAGUCAAACGAGCUGGCUGUUUGUGUGCUCCAUUCUCAACUUUCUGCUGACCAGGCUCCAAACGUUCAGCCACCCUUGAACUUUGCUUAAAGACCGAUAGACUAAGCCCAAGCUCCUUCCCAUCACAUUUCCAACAUGCCCUCGCCGUCAGACUCCAGCAGCGUGGCAUCAGCGUCAGGGUCACGGGGUUGGUCGGACAGCCGGCGUGGCUUUUCGGGUCGAGGCCCCGGAGGGGCCAGGCUGCUCCUCUACCUGGGCCUGUGCCACCUGAGCCUGGGCGCCAUGGUCCUGGCCUUCUCCUUCACCAGCAUGGCCUUCACCUCGUCUGCUCGUGUGAGGCAGUCCUGUCCCUUCUGGGCUGGAUUUUUUGUGGUGGCAUCUGGGAUAGUUGGCAUUAUCUCAUGGAGGAGACCUUUAACGCUCGUGGUUUCUCUUUUCAUGCUGCUGUCUGCAGUGUGCGUGAUCCUCAGUUUGGCCGGCUCCAUGCUCUCCUGUCAGAACGCACAGAUGGUCAAGUCCAUGCUCACCUGUGAGAUAGAGAACGGCCGUUGUGUGUGUUGCGUGGCCGCGGAACCCUGCUCCAGCAAAGAGGAUGGAACCCUUGUCCUCAACCUGAAUUCAGACUGCCACUCGGUUAGACAUCAACUGAAGGACUUGUUGUUUAGCGCGUGUGGUCUGAGCAUUCUUUCCACCAUCAUCUGCACUCUGUCCACGGUUACCUGCAGCAUCCAUAUUUUCUCCCUGGAUCUUGUGCACCUGGUGAGUGCACACAGACACUUUUUUUUUUUUUUUUUCCAACAAGUGCUCAAAAAUUUCAGUUCAUACAUUUACCAAAUUUGGACUCAUUUUGUGUGUGUCAAGGCAACAAUGUUCGACCAACACGGCGCUGAGCUGUCCGGAGAGCGAGCGACAUCGACAGCGUUCAGUGGAGAAGUCUCCAUGGACAGCGGGUCUCUGCUCAUGUCAGAGAUCGUAGACAUCCCCGAUGAUUCGUCCCCGUCUGAGGACUCGUGUCUGUUGGAGGUGGCGCUGAGGAAUCAAGGCGGCAGGGCCAGCAGGACGGCCAGUGAGGUGAGCGACGGGCCGGACGGCGGAACGGAGCGCCUCAGCCUCCGUGCUCCUCGGUCACAGACGCCGGAAAGUCCUCUGGCCGGAGGACCAAGAGCAAGACGUUUUCUUAGAGGAGAGAGGUCCAACUCGUGUUCUUCACCCAGCACUGCGACCACCACGUACAGGUCUCCAGUGUUGCGGCGCCAGGCUAUGCUAGCUCGAAGCUGUUCUCAGUUGGGAGCCAUAGCGGGAUCCGCCUCACAACAGAAAUCCACCAUACCGGACAUCCAAGUUCGCCCUUCCACUCCUUUACGCCAAGCAGGUGCCCAUGACAACGGCGAGCAGUGGGUGGGUCAGAAUGGCGGACCUCCAUUACAGCGCCAGACUCUGCACCUGCGACGACGGGCCGGGAGAAAUAACGGCGAGAGUGGCAGAAAUGACAACGAAGGCCUCCUAAGCAUCAUGAGGUCACGCAGUGAGCCGGGCCUCAGCUCCUCUAUAGCUGCCGUGGACUUGAGCUAUGGGUGCAAUAAAGCGUCUCCAGACACAGGUCCAUCCAACGAGGCGCUCCUGCUGCCCCCUACAUCUUUGCCGCCGGCUACCGCUUUACCAAGAAAAGAUAGCAUGAAAUCCACAGAUCCGGGGGUACAAGUUCCUUCCAAAGCCCCGCCGGCGUCUCCCCUGCGUUUGCCCAAAGAUUACCACCGCUCACUUGGUGACCUCAAGGUGACUCGAGUCCUGAUGGCUCGCUUCCUGCAGCGCUCCAAACGCAACCUGGCACCCUCCUCCGAGCAUGCCGGGAGUGCAGGGCAGGUACCUAAAAGGAGAGGAGGAGCUGAGGGCGCUGCCACCAACCAUCUGUCUUUGGAACAAGUCUGGCGAACCCCUUGGAGCACCAAUCGAGGACAACCCAACCAGCAUCCCCACCAACGUACCCACCAUCACUCUCACAGCGACAGCCCAUAUCUGAUUGCGGCUUUCACAGUCGGAUCCUGUAAGAUAAAUAUGUCUUCAUUGCAGUAUGACUGA